ACAAAAUUGAGAAGAGGUUAAAAUUGUUUUCGUCGGAAUUCGGUCAUAAUAGUUCAGUUGGAACAAACUUGAAUGUAAAAUUAUCAACGAUGUCUUUGAAAAGGAACCAAACCUAAUUUCUUCACUACAACCUUUUAACACAGAUUACAGAUUAUAAGAUGAAAGAUACGCCUGAAAAUGAAAAGAAAAUUGAGGAAGAUGAAAAUAAGAUAAACAAUAAAGUCAGUGUUGAUUCAUCAGCAACUGUCACAAAUGGCAGCACAGCAGGAAGCACAUGCAGCGAUGCAGAAGUCAAGUUAACUCCCCUAGAAAGGUUAACUCAUGACCUCAAUAAUGAUCCUAAAUGUACCAAAGAAAUAACGUUAGGAAAACGAAUUGGAUUCUAUCGAAUAAGAGGAGAAUUGGGGAGUGGAAAUUUUUCUCAAGUCAAGAUGGGUAUUCAUGCUUUAACAAGGGAAAAAGUUGCAAUAAAGAUAUUGGAUAAAACCAAAUUAGAUCAGAAAACACAGAGACUCUUAUCUCGUGAAAUAGCUAAUAUGGAUAAACUUCACCAUCCCAAUAUUAUAAGACUUUAUGAAGUAGUAGAAACUCUAGCCAAGUUACACAUGGUCAUGGAGUAUGCAUGUGGUGGUGAGGUUUUCACAAAAAUUUCAAAUGAAGGCAAAUUAAGUGAAGCUGAAUCCAAAUUACUGUUUUCUCAAGUCAUCGCUGCAGUAGAACAUAUGCAUGAACAAAAUAUCAUUCACCGAGAUUUAAAAGCAGAAAAUCUGUUUUAUGCCUCGCCAGUAUUAGUCAAAGUUGGUGAUUUUGGAUUCAGUACAAUCAGUAGACCUGAUCAAACUCUCAGCACAUUUUGUGGUUCACCACCCUAUGCUGCACCUGAACUAUUUAAAGAUGAGAGUUAUUUUGGUAGUUAUGUUGAUAUCUGGGCCUUGGGUAUUAUGCUUUAUUUCAUGGUGACAGGAAUUAUGCCGUUCCGUGCUGAAACUGUGGCAAAACUGAAAAAGUGCAUUUUAGAUGGUAGCUAUACAAUUCCGUCCUAUAUCUCUGAUAGUUGCCAAUUUUUAAUACGAAGCAUGUUGAAGCACAUUCCACAUGAUCGUUUCACAAUAACAGAAAUCAAACGAAGUGAGUGGUUACGUGAUCAAAACUUUCCGCAAGCUUUUGAACCAUAUAAUCUAAAUCCAACACCUCAAAACCAAUCAAAAGAACUGAGUAAGGAAGAGAGUGAGGCAAGACAGGUAUUAAAAGAUUUAGGUAUAACUGAACAACACCUGUUAAACAGCAAUAGUCAGGAAUCAAGAAGUAGUAUCACAGGUAGUUAUAGAAUUGUCUUACAUCGGAUUCAGAAGAAACAUUCUGGGGUUGUUGAAGGAAUGAUGGAACAACCGAGAGAUCUACAUAUUUAUGAUAACAAGAAGAAUUCAAAAAAAUUAGCCCAACAUUCCAAACUUUGUACAAUUUUAUAA